AUGUUAUCAAAAUUUAGCACAUUACAAACUACAAUGUUUGAAUAUAUAACAAUAAAAACCAUAUGCAAAAUUAUAUUAAUUUUCUUACUAUUAAGCUUCCUCAUUGUUGCCUUAGAACUAAGAGAACAAGAGUUCACAGAAUCGUUUGAGGAAAUACAUAAUACGGAUAAAUAUAUUGAGGAGAAUAUAAUAAACGAGAACGGAAUUUAUAAUGAUUCAAAAGAGUAUACAGUUCAAGAUACAAUAAAAGAGAAUGCAGCUAAAGAGAGUACAGUUAAAGUAGAUACAGCUCAAGAUGAUACAGUUAAAGAAGAUAUAGUCGAAGAGGAUACAAUUAAUUCACCUCUUGAAACACCACUAACAGAGGACGAAAAGAUCAACAUAAAAUAUUGUCAAGAGAAAACAUGUAAAUUCUUGUUUCCAUACUCUCACCCAGAACAAGAGACUCGCGCCAAUAUUCAUGUUCGCCUUUACACGCAAUUAGCACGAUCUCUAAAUCGUACUUUAGUCCUAUCAAACGUUGGAAAUUCAAAAGUUAGAGCAUGUGCUCUAUAUCCAUUUGAUUUCUAUUAUGAUCUAAAAGCAUUCCAAAAAAAUUAUCCUGACAUUCGAUUUAUAACUCAAAAGAAAUUUUUUGAAUGGACAAAAGAAAGAAAAAUCAAACCAAUGGCCCAACAUUCACGGAUGGUUCAAGACGAUAAAAACGAUUCAGACGUUUAUCUAACGACUAUGGGUGUGAUUGAAGGUGAUAAACUUGGAAGCAAAAUAACAAAUUCUUUCUGCUUAGGUAUAUUUAAUCUAAACAUCACGGAUUAUAAAGAAUUUCAUACAGGGAUUGGAAAGUUAGAUCGCAAAGCAAUGUUGAAACUUGUUACAAACACUCUAAAUUUACCAGAACAUGAAGUAAUAAUGAUAUUACAUUUGUCGACUAAAGAAUAUUUUCCAAAAAUUGAUAAAGUAAUUCCAUAUUCGCCGUCUAUUAUUAAUGAAUCCAAAAAAGUCAUAAAGAAAUUAAAGCCUUAUAUAGCUGUUCAUUGGAGAAUGGAGAAAGGUCAGCCAAAUUUAAUGCCAAAAUGUGCCAGGGAACUUGUUAAAACAUUAAAAAACCUUCAAAGAAAAUAUGGAAUAACAAAUGUAUAUUUGGCAACAGAUUUUCCACUUAACGGUAAUAAGCCCCAAUCACUGACUUUUCAUAAAAUUUCCAACUUUCAUAAAGAAGCUAUUGAAAUACUUGGACUAAAUAGUAGAUUUGUAAAUAGAUCCGAUCAUAUAAAAUUCGAUACAUGGAUUUCGACGGACGCUUUCUCACAAAUUAGAGACGACCCAAAGUACGAAUCAGAAUUUAAAAAUGCUGGUAUACACGGAAUACUUGAUAAAUUAGUUUGUGUAAAGGCAAAAUAUUUCUUAAAGGGUCCAGAAGGUUGUGCUAGAACAUCUAGUACUUUUACAAAUGCUAUUGUUAGGGAAAGAACAAAGUUUAAGAAGAAAUAUAAGUUGAUUAAUAUUGUUUCCUUUUGGUGA